CACCUCUGGAUAUCAUCGCCGUAUGUUGGUGCGACGCGUCGUCUACUCUUACCUUUCAUGGUUUGGGAUUGACAUGACCAGUGAAGGCAUGAGUCCAUCUCCCUACAAGCCGCAACACUACUUACAUACCUGGUUAGCCUAACGAAACAUGUCACCUAACGUUGUAAUUGUGGUGGUCCUGGCCGCCAUGGUCCUCUUCAUCGCAGUCGUGGUCUGUCUCUGCACAAUCUGGUGGCGACACAGCCUCCGCGCCGGCUACCACAACGACCGCUUCCAGCGAUCUCGGACUGGCCAACGCGACACGACCGUCAAGAAGACAGAGCUCGCAGAGCGAGGCGCAGAGAGAAAAUGGCAAGAAGGAGGAAGAACGCCGGCUCAACCCAGCAGACAGAAGACUCCUGCACCUCCACGGCGACCACCACCUCCUCCAACUCCACCUCCGCCACCCCGACCUCUCCCACCCGCUCACGGUGGUAAUUCAAUCCGUCAUGACAAUCAGCCGUCGAGGCAGGAGUGGCCUUCUGUACCUCCAGCACGUAGCAACAAACCCCCGACGCCGGAGGAAUGGGGCCCUGCACCUCCAUCCCGUGGUAGCAAGCGCACACCCAGUAAACAUGGGACGCCUGCUGCUCCGACUCCGGCUGCUAAAGUACCGACUAAGCCUCCGUCGCGGGACGAGUGGGAGGCUGAACCUCAAGCUCAACCUCCUAGUAAGGCGGCUUCAGAUAAGGAAUGGGCACUACCGCCCGAUCCGCCAUUUGUUGCGUCUGGAGGUGUCAAGCGCGGUUCAAAGAAGAGCUGGCAAGCUGAGAGCAAGCCUGCUUCUAAUAGAGGGGGCGCCUAUGAUACGCAAGGUUACCAGCAGCAGCAGCAGCACGGAGGAGUCGAUCCUAAUGCGUUGACAGCGGCAUUGCAGCAGGCGAAUGAGGAGACACACGAGGAGCCUGCAGAACCAGAGGGUGGAUGGUAGGGGGAGUGCUGUGGAAUAAGUUGAAUAACGUGGGAGUGGAGUGUAGCAUUGAUAGUUCUAUUUAAGGCGACGGAGAUGGUCGCUGCCGGCCGCCCGAGGCGGUGACGUUGAUCCCCGCGAGAGAGCCGGCGAUGCCUUCGGGAUUCCCCAGCUCAUUCCCUCCUCCUGUCCUCCCUGUUUCUGUCCCUUAGUCUCGUGAACUUAGCCUCUGCUUUCUAAUCCUCCUGUCUGAUUCAUGAUUUGAUCUGUCACACCCACUCUCUUAGUAUCUAGGCUGCUCCAUCAGCCCCCCGACGCCAUGUGGAACGACGAGGAUAAUAACCCGUACGGCGCAUUCGAUAACGAGGCGCAUCUCUCCGAGUCGCUGCAUUCGGCCACCCUUUCUC